AUGGCUGCCUCGACUAUCAUCCCAUCAGUGGAGUACGUGCCCGUGGACACUGAUCUCCGGAAGCUGCACAAGGUUGGCAAGACCUAUCGUGAUCUCCCAGCAGACAUCUAUGGACUGGCCAUAGCGGUCAGUGUCGUCGACCUGCCGGAGGUGAUCACCUGCAGAGCGACGAAGGCUCAGACGGCGGGCGUCCUUUUCGGAUUCACCGCCCUGAGUGUGAACCUGUGGCUUCAAGGACUAAUCCUGUACUAUGUGAACCACUACAUUGUGCAGGGUGCAGUUCACGAAGCGCAGGAAAACUACGCCGAAUUCCACAGAAAGGUUUUCGAUGAGGAUGGCAAUUUCUUGCAUGACGUGUGGCAAACCUAUGACACGGACAAGUACGCAGCCCUUUGCAAUAUGGCAGUCAGCAAGCUGUACUUCUCUGCCUCUGGGCUUUGCUUGCGGGCUUUCAGUGAUUAG